CGACCGGUCGUCGUGUGGCAUCGGCCAUUGUCGUUUCUAUUUCAUUUUCGCUUUAAUUUAUUAUCUCUCCACAUAACAUUUCCGUUCCGGCCCCCCCCACUCUACCUCUCUGUUCCCUUACACACCUUUCCGUAAUCCGCAGUCGUCGUCAUUCAACUUGAUCGUCGUCACCUUUUUUUCAUUUUCGACGCACAUAAUUUAAUGAUUUCAUUGAUAGGCACACAACUACACAAGUCGUCCUUCUCGUCGGCGGCCGCGACUGUGGUUGUAUCGGGUUUUUAUUAUUAUUAUUAGUAUUAUUUUUUUUUUUUUCACUUUCAUUAUCAUUUCAACGCCUGUUUGUGUUUGUCUUUUAUAAAAUAAAAUUUACUUAUAUUAAAUCGUUAUUAUCGUCGGUUCGAUCACCUACUGACCGAAGUUGACUGAAGUACCACCUACGGUGAAAUUUUAUUUCCGCAUUCGAGUCGUUCCCUUCACGCGCGACUACUGCUAUUGUUAUAUAGUCGAACCAGUAAUUGUAGUGAUAGUAGUAGUAGUAGUAGUAGUAGUAGUCGUCGUCACCUAUGAGCCGUCUUGUUGUUCGGAGUCACGUAGGGUUAACGUGCUGACGACAAACUACACCGAAAUAUUGUAUUCUCUAAUUAGUGAAAUAUUACUAAUAUAAACGAAAAGUUCCUUUGUACGUGUACGAACACGACGAGCAGUGUUGAUGUUACCUAUAAUGUUAUACAGGCAACAUCAAUAAUACUAAACAUUAUACCUAGUCAAUUCAUCCAGGUAUGUCACGCAAGCAAAAAUGGAGAUCAAAUCCUGAUGACGACCAAUUGGAUGAUUCGCCUAUAUCUCUUACUAUUGAAACAUUAACUGGUACUGCAUUUGAGAUCACUGUAUCUCCAGCCGAUUAUAUAAGUUCAUUAAAGUCACGAAUACAACGUGUUGAAGGUAUACCAGUCGCCCAACAACAUUUGCUACUGGGUGAAAAAAUCUUAUCAGAUCAUUCAACUAUAGCUAGUAAUAAUCUUCAUGAUGGAGCGACAUUGCGCUUGGUAUUGUCGCUUCAAGGAGGACCUAUUGGUACAAGUCGUAGAAUGUUGCCUCUGGAUAAUGAAACCAUUCGACAACUGGUUAAUCUCAACAAAAAAGAAAUUUUGGAAGAUGCCCCUCCAGGCAGUAAGCUUGCUGUCUUGAUAUUUCGUGAAGGUGAAGUAAUUAACUUACUUCGAGUGAUUGAAAAUAGUGAUGGUUCUAUAACGAAUUUAAAGGACUCCUCUAGAAAAAUAUCAACAGUAGAACUACCAGAAAAGAAAAAAUCUAAACAGUCCGUCGACAAUAAUGUGACAUAUCGUAAGAUGAUGCAGUUGAAACAUAAAUUAGAAACACUUUCUAUUUCAUCAAAAUCUAAAUUAAAAAGAACCAAAUCUGAACAUCGAAAAUCGGCUUCAGCACCUGAAAGAUCACAAAUGAAGACUGAAAAAGAUAGCAGCAAGCGACAUACUUGGAGAUUACCUAAAAUAGUACAAUCUUCCUCACCUGUUUUGGGGAAGUAUGUUCGUAGUGCUGAAUUCUCAAGAAUACCUGUUUUGCCAACAAUUACUAGUGCAUGUUCAGAUAAAAAUACGAAAUCAACUACAACUAGACAACUUUGCCAUAUUAUGAAUGAUCCUAGACAUACUGGUAGUACUUCAAGUAUUGACAGUAUUUCAGAAUCUGGUACAGAUAUUGAAGUGUCAAGCACAGAUUGGUCUAGGCGCCCUAGCAGUUCAUCAUUGGUAUUGUCUCAUAACAUUCACAUCAAUGUGUCUAGACAAGCAUCACCGACUGAGCAAAUGACUGCCAUGUCUAUAUCAAAUAAUUCUGGGUUAGGAGCUAUACAUAGGAUAUUAAAUAGAUCAGACAUGCCUAUUCAACUUGAUGGUGACGAAGAACCUAUGGAAUCAGAAAGUAACAGAUUGGAUAAAAAAGCUCCAACCACUGUAACUGAAGAUCUGAACCAGAAUGUACCUGAUCAAGUUGUAGAAAAAAAGAAAAAACGAUGUGCCCAAUGCAAUAAGAAAUUAACUAUUAGUGCUCAGUAUACAUGCCGAUGUGGGCUCACUUUUUGUCCUGAACACAGGUAUUCAGAAUCGCACAAUUGCUCUUAUGAUUAUCAGAAAAAUGGCCGUGAUUCUAUUGAAAAAAACAACCCAUUAGUUGUAAGACCAAAGUUACCAAAAAUUUAAUAAAAUGGUCAGAAUACAUAUUAUAUCUUAUUUGUAGAUGUAAGCUAAUAGGUACACUGACUCACAAAACUUAAAUAAAUUGUUUGCAUAUUGAACUAUAAAUAA